GGAACAUGAAGGGAGGAGGAAGAAGUUCAAGGGUCCCAGUCCCUAAAGUUAACUAUGGUAGAAAUACACACAUUUGACAUUUCAGAAAAAAAGGAAAGCCUGGGACCACUACAAAGCACUCAUUUCUUAACUCUGACUCAAGAACUCCUUUACCAAGGAAGAAAAAGGUCAGGACAAGAUUACAGCGAGAUGAAGGGUAACGGGACAGAGCAGCAAAGCCUGUGGCCAGAGGCAUUGAGGAAACACCAGGCAAACUAAAUCUGGAGCAUCGUGGAGGAUAGAAGCCCUGGUGGAACUACAGGAAUUUUUUUUUCAUGAGAAGAAAAGUAAAUUCCCCAAAGAAAAGAAUGAAGUGGGCAGCAGGAGUGGCAAGAUGAAGAAGAUGAAAAAUUAGACCAUUACUGGCUAUUUAAGUACUUUGGCCUGAAUGAAGCCAUGGAAUAUUAGAGACACCUAUAUUCAAAUAAUCCCUAGAGUCAUGAUGCUCUGUAUAAGCGAAUAAAAGGGACUCUGCUUGGUAGUCUUCAUUCCUCAGGAAUCUGCCUCAAGUCUAGCCAAGGAAGCAGCAAGAAACCUAGUACUGCCCUCUGCCUUGUGAAGUUACUGUUUAUUUCCAAGGAUUAAAGAAGAGUAACCUCUCAAGAAGUCAAGAAAGCCUAACCAACCAUGGAUUGCUUUAGAACAAUGCGUCAGUCCUGGAUUUUCCCCACCACCAUCCUCUGUAUCUAUGGGUUUUUCACUACGAUGAGACCAUCAGAACCAUUUGUCGUACCUUACUUAACUGGACCAGAUAAAAAUCUGACCCUCGAUGAGGUCUCCAAUCAGAUGUUUCCAGUUUGGACUUACUCUUACCUGGUGCUGCUGUUCCCGGUGUUUGUGCUGACGGAUUACCUCCGGUAUAAGCCCAUCAUCAUCCUACAGGGAGUCAGCUUUUUGAUCACCUGGUUGAUGCUCUUAUUUUCCCAAGGAUUAUUAGCCAUGCAGAUCUUGGAAUUUUUCUAUGGGUUGGUCACAGCCACGGAGAUAGCUUAUUACUCCUACAUUUACAGUGUGGUCAGUGUGGAACACUACCAGAAAGUAACGAGCUACUGUAGAAGUGUCACACUAGUGGGAUACACUAUAGCCUCUGUGCUGGCACAGCUCUUGGUCUCCCUGGCAAACGUGUCUUACUUUUAUCUCAAUGUUAUAACUAUGGUUUCUGUCUCCGUGGCAUUCGUUUUCUCAUUUUUUCUGCCGAUGCCCCAGAAAAGCAUGUUCUUCCAUAAAAAGGUGGGAGCAGGAACUCAAGGAUCAUCACCAGACAAGGAUGUAGUAGCACCAGAGAUGCCAGCUAAUGGAAGCGUGCCAGUCAGCCAAGGAGGCUGCAUCGUUUCAGAAUCAUCUGCCAAAUCAGGACAGCAAAAAAGCCAAUCAGAUGACCUUCAACAAGGAAACCUGAUGCUGAGAGUGUUUGUGCAGUGGUGGCAAGACUUGAAAGAGUGCUACUCGAGCAGUCACCUUUUAUUCUGGUCCAUUUGGUGGGCUUCUGCCACGGCCGGCCUUAACCAAGUAUUAAACUAUAUCCAACUUCUGUGGGAUCACAAGGCACCAUCUCAAAGCUCUCAGGUGUAUAACGGAGCAGUAGAAGCUGUGGCAACAUUUGGAGGUGCUGUGGCAGCCUUUGCAGUGGGGUAUGUGAAAAUCGACUGGGAUCUUUUUGGAGAGUUGGCUUUAGGAAUCUUCUCCGCCGUAGAUGCUGGUUCACUAUUCCUCAUGCAUUUCACCACCAACAUCUGGCUGUGUUAUGCUGGCUUUUUGAUUUUCAAAUCAGUUUAUAUGCUUCUCAUAACCAUUGCAGUAUUUCAGAUUGCAGUGAACCUCAGCAUGGAGCGCUAUGCUUUAGUUUUUGGAGUCAAUACCUUCUUGGCCUUGGUGAUUCAGACCAUAAUGACAUUAAUCGUAGUUGACGCCAGAGGUCUGAGUCUGCACGUCGACGUUCAGUUCCUGAUUUACGGAGGCUACUUUUCAGUCAUUACUGGAAUUUUCAUAGUGAGAAGUAUUUAUAUAAUCUAUUCCACCAAACGCAAAAAAGAGAAAGUAGCUGCUGUCACCAAUCCAAACUCAAGUGAAACAACACCAGAGGAAUGUAUUGAAUCAACAAAGUUUUAGCUCUGCCCACAUUGGUCUGUUUUCUGCAGAAAAUUACUUUGACUGAAAAUAUGAUAUUUUGAAAAUUGAUUAAUUGCCAUGAAUCAAGAUAUGGACUGACUAGGUUCCAGGGGAUCUUUUUCAAACCACCAUCAGUCUCAGUCCCAUUGGACCACAUCUCUAACUGAUCUCAGGUUAAAUUGGGUGCCACCAAGAGAUUCAGUCACCCUGUUUAAUAUAGCCUUUCUACAUGGCUCCAGUGAAGAACAGAUCUCCAAAUCCCAACUGUACCAUUCAAAAGCCACAGUAUGUUAAGACAACUGAAGCUUUUUGACAACCUAAGGAUAAAUUACAAAAUGGACCAGCCGGAAUUUCUUACCGACAAAUAGCUCCCAUGAAAAUGUUCAUUACAUCAUUCUUCCUCCUCUGCAAUUAAGCAUAUCUUCUUCACUACCUAUAAUUCUCCUGGAAAAUGCAGCCAUCUAUGCCCAUGUCUGAAGGACACCCUACUAAACCCUGAAGUGCUGCAAUAUUGCUCAGAAACUGUCAUUUGAUGGGUACCCAACCACUUGUUCCUUAUCUCAUCUAUCAGACUAUGUUGUCAGGAGACUAAGGCACUGGAGCAGAUUUCAGAAACUCCUCAGGGUGCUACUCCUGGCUCUGACCUCAGCUCCCAGAGUGGCCCAUAAGCUUCAGCUGCACUCUCUUCCAUCUUGACAGGGAGUAUAUCAUUAUCUCAUUGUUAGCAUUGUCUAGAAACAAAGGACCUACUGGAAAGGAUUUCUGAAAAUCUCUUUAUUCUGCACUCCCUCAAAAGAGGGAGAUUUCUAGAAAUCCUCUCCAGUGGGUCUUUAGGAAUAUUAUCUGUCUAUUAAUUGACCUUCAUUAUCAAAUGACUGUUGGUGCUAAAUAAAUAUU